AUGUCGCCACCUCCAGGAAUGAAGCGUGAAUCAGCCCAAGCCCGACUUCUCGGCUCGGGUCUAUCCGGCAUUGCUGAACUACUCGUCUUCCACCCUGUCGACACAGUCGCCAAAAGACUGAUGUCCAAUAAAACCACGGGUCUAUCUAUGACUCAAAUCGUAUUCAAAGACAAAGCUUCCGCCAACGUCUCCACCAAAUUCCUCUCCCUCUUCCCCGGUCUAGGUUAUGCUGCAGGAUACAAAGUGCUUCAACGAAUCUACAAGUUCGGUGGUCAACCUUACUUUAACGAUUACCUUACCUCGAACCACAAAAAGUCAUUCGAUAACUUGUUCGGUGAACGAGCAGGAAAGAGUAUCAUGUCUGCUACCGCUGGCUCGCUUACUGGUAUUGGAGAAAUCGUACUUCUACCCCUAGACGUACUUAAGAUUAAGAGGCAGACCAACCCCGAGGCAUUCCGAUCCAGGGGUUUCUUGCGCAUCCUUGCCGACGAAAACGUAAACCUUUACCGCGGAUGGGGUUGGACCGCAGCCCCGAAACGCUCCAGGCUCAUUCGCACUGUUCGGCGAAGUGCAUUCACAAAAGAGUACAUUUUCGGGUGA